ACAGACAGACAGACAGACAGGUCUAACUCUUGGCCUUCAUCAUCAUCAUCACCACCACCAUCAUCAUCCUCAGAGGAAGACGGACAGGGAGCCCCCUGACCCUCGCCACGCCGGGUCACCAUGGCAACGGUCAUCUGCACUCGUUUCACCGAAGAGUAUCAGCUGUAUGAAGAGCUGGGCAAGGGAGCGUUUUCAGUGGUGCGGCGCUGUGUGAAGGUGCUGUCGGGUCAGGAGUACGCAGCCAAGAUCAUCAACACCAAGAAACUUUCUGCCAGAGAUCAUCAGAAGUUGGACCGGGAAGCUCGAAUUUGUCGUUUACUGAAGCACCCAAACAUCGUUCGGCUACACGACAGCAUCUCAGAGGAGGCGCAUCAUUACCUCAUCUUUGACCUGGUGACAGGUGGAGAGUUAUUUGAAGAUAUCGUAGCCAGAGAAUAUUACAGUGAAGCUGAUGCCAGUCACUGUAUCCAGCAGAUUUUGGAGGCGGUGCUACAUUGUCAUCAGAUGGGCGUGGUCCACCGAGACCUGAAGCCAGAGAACCUGCUGCUGGCCUCAAAGUCAAAAGGAGCGGCGGUGAAACUGGCGGACUUCGGCCUCGCCAUCGAGGUGGAGGGAGACCAGCAGGCCUGGUUUGGGUUUGCGGGGACUCCUGGUUACCUGUCCCCAGAGGUCCUCAGGAAGGAUCCGUACGGCAAAGCGGUCGACCUCUGGGCCUGUGGUGUGAUUCUCUACAUCUUAUUGGUCGGUUAUCCUCCGUUCUGGGAUGAAGAUCAACAUCGUCUCUACCAGCAGAUCAAAGCAGGAGCUUAUGAUUUUCCGUCUCCUGAGUGGGACACGGUGACUCCUGAAGCCAAAGACCUCAUAAAUAAGAUGUUGACCAUAAAUCCGUCUAAACGAAUCACAGCAGCCGAAGCGCUCAAACACCCCUGGAUCUCUCAUCGCUCCACCGUGGCGUGUAUGCACAGACAGGAAACAGUCGAGUGUCUCAAGAAGUUCAACGCCAGGAGGAAACUCAAGGGAGCGAUCCUCACCACCAUGUUGGCCACCAGGAAUUUCUCCGGAGGAAAGAGCGGCAGCAACAAGAAGGCCGACGGAGUCAAGGAAUCAUCUGAGAGCACAAAUACCACCAUCGAGGACGAAGACACCAGAGUGAGGAAACAGGACAAUAAAGUCACGGAGCAGCUUAUCGAGGCGAUCAGCAACGGAGACUUUGAGAGCUACACUAAGAUGUGCGACCCGGCGGUGACGGCGUUCGAGCCGGAGGCGUUGGGGAAUCUGGUCGAGGGCCUGGACUUCCACCGCUUUUAUUUUGAAAACUUGUGGUCCAAGAACAGCAAACCGGUUCACACCACCAUCCUGAACCCGCACAUCCACCUGGUCGGCGACGAGGCCGCCUGCAUCGCUUACAUCAGAGUCACGCAGUACAUCGACGCCAACGGCACGCCCCGCACCGCCCAAUCAGAGGAGACCAGGGUGUGGCACCGCCGUGACGGCAAGUGGCAGAUCGUCCACUUCCACCGCUCAGGAUCCCCGUCCACACUCAGCAACUAACUUGCAGAGUGGGCGGAGCUUUGAUGGGGCCACGGUCGCCUUGACAACUGAUUGAUUGACAGCAGGCCAGGCGUGUGACACCAGACAGGAAGUUUUAGAGGAGACGAGGGGCGUGGCCAGAGAGCAAUGAACUGCACAA